GGCUACAGGGGGAAAUGUUAUGUUUUAUUACACCCACUGGUCGCGCUAGUAUUGCUAAUGUUUUUAUGAGUUCAAUAUUGUCCUUAGGAUUGCGUGGAUUAACGAAUAUGUGUGUUUUAUUCUGUUUGUGUAUUUUUUUUUAGCAAAGACAUUGUAUAUCUGGCAGUGAUAUUUAGUUUAAAUAUUCCUGUAAUAAAUCUCAUUGGAAGUUGAUAAAAGUAUGGAAGUCUACACACAGUGGGCACGUUUUUAUGUCCUCCCCCCCCCCCCCCGUACCUAAUGAUGUGACACUGAGUGUAUGUUCGGGGUUUACUGCGAUUGUACCCCGUCCAAAUCCAAGGUUCUGCGUUCAGUGUCGCUCUCUUGCACGCCGCUGUUGGAGCGCAUGGUUAUUUGAAUUCCUGCCGCCGUCCUGUCGGAUUUAAUCAGUCUGGCCAAUCUCACUGAGCUCUCUCAUUAACGAGGCCUUUAGAACUGCCGCUCAGUGGAUUUUCCUUUGGUUUGUUUCCGGACCAUUCUCUGUAAACCGAGAGGUUUAUACGUGAAAAUCCAAGUAGUUGAUCAGUUUCUGAAACACUCAUAGCACCCUGUCUGACACUAGCGAUCAUUCCACGAUCAACGUCACUGACAUCACAUUUAUUUCCUACUCCGCUGUUUGGCCUGAAUAGCAACUGAACCUGUUGAUCAUAUCUGCAUGUGUUUAUGCUUUGAGUUGCAGGCAUGUGAUUAACAGAUUUGCAUUAAUGAGCUGGUAUACAGUUGUAGCUAACAAAGUGGCCAUUUAGUGCAUUUCCCAUUUAGACAUACCCUCACCCAUCUCGAAUAUGAACACGGAUGAGAUCUGGGCCUGAUGAUUGACGAUUUGCAUGUUUGUAACAACAGGUUGAUGCUGGCAAGGCAGUGGACAAAACUUGUUAUAAGGUGGUGGUAAACUGGAGAGAGAGACCCGUCACUGUUCCCUCUAAACUACACAUCUGUGUAACCAAAAUGGUCUCGCAAACGGAGCCUUUGUUGCAGCGCAUAUGGAAUUAAACACUGCCAGAUAAACAUUUAUGAAACCCGAAAGUUUGUCUUUGUUGUAAUGCAUUUUUAUCAUAUUGUUUAAUUAAUAAUUAAAAUCAAAAGAAUAUUUUUCUUGUCAGUCUCAUUCUAAAUAUUCAUAGAUGCACAUUACGAAAAAGGAUUUAUCUAUGAUGCUGAGCUUUUUUCAGGCCGUGUGAAACUUUCCGGCUCAGAGCAAUGGCUGACCCACGCAGCUGCAAAAAUAGUGAUUAGUGGGAACAUUGGAGACCGAACCACCUUACAUUCUAUGCAUAUUGAACACGAUUGAAUGUGGUACAUUAUCGUGCUUCCUGUUAUAGACGAGAUGUUAGAAGUCAAUAGAAUGGACAAAACUGUUUCAUCUGGAGCAUCUCUGGUAUCCAGGAAAUACGAAUGGAUAACAAGAAAAAAUAAUUUUGCCUUGUCUGAGGGAGCGUACUGUGAAGCAAUGAGGCUCAAGUGCUUAACAAUACAGAACUAAUGUUGAGCAGUGAAUAACUAGAAAGUCCAUUUACUAUAAAUAUAAGAGCUUUUCGUUUUCGUUUCUCUAAAAGAUCACUAUUAAUGCCCCGAUAAUCACUUUUACUGCCUUUUCAGAACACUGGGGGUAGUACCUCCCCCAUUAUAGGUAUGAGCAAGGAUGAGAUCUGGGCCAUAUUGCGCAAUUAAGCGUUCAGCAGAUUCGGUAGCAUCUUGGACAGUCCCAGUUCUGAUACCGGGUCUUCCACAGUUUCUCUUUACACACAUCCAAUCUGAUGUACCGAGUUUCCAGCAGUUUGUGUGAGGAAGGCAGGAAUAUGGCAUAGGGGCGAAAAAUAAACAGACACGAUUGAAUGAUGGAGCAGACUCGAUGGACCGAAUCACUUCAUUCUGCUCCGAUAGCUUAUGUCUUACCCUGACUGAAUGAUGAGUCCUUCGUAUCCCGUACCAGGAUUUGUGACGUGUGAGGGACUAUUACAGAUUUGUUCACUGAGAUCCUUUUAUUUGUCUUCAGCGUUUAAAUUUCAGUCAGACUUGCUUUUGAAACAUUGAGCAGAAAUAUUUUGUUCUCCCUUGUAUUGUUAAUGUGCUUCAUGAUCUCCCUGGUUAAAGUUAGACUAUGGUGAGAGAUUUAUUGGAAGAAAAGCCCACAACUGGAAGAGAACCACGACUGAAGAUGAGGGAACAGCAGCAAGUGAACCAGCCCGACGACUGAGAGCAUCAACUGGAGAAAACCCUUCUGACUUAGAGUUUCCAUCGAUCCACUCAGGAAAAAGUUUGGGUAUCACCAGCAGAUGGAGCUUUCCUGCACCGGGACCAACGUGUAAACAAGACGACGACAAUCAGCAAUCGUCAGAAUGGACACAGGUGGGAUAAUGAAUCGAGUAGGGAAAGCACUGAAGAGGAUUUUACCAGGCAACUCAUCGAGGGAAGAUGAUCGAGACACGGGAAGCAAGGUACCAAAGCAGGGUCAGAUUGAGAGCAAUGUCCCAAUAGAAAGCGGUCAGGCAGCAGCGGAAGUGGAGCAAAUUCAGCCCAGAGACAGUGACGUCAGAGACACUGAUCAGGACCCUGGAACCGGUACAAGUGAGGUGACUGUCUGUCAGCCCAGAGACAGUGACGUCAGAGACACUGAUCAGGACCCUGGAACCGGUACAAGUGAGGUGACUGUCUGUCAGCCCAGAGACAGUGACGUCAGAGACACUGAUCAGGACCCUGGAACCGGUACAAGUGAGGUGACUGUCUGUCAGCCCAGAGACAGUGACGUCAGAGACACUGAUCAGGACCCUGGAACCGGCACAAGUGAGGUGACUGUCUGUCAACUCGGAAGCUCAUUGAACAUGGAACUGUCAAGUCCCCAACAAGGAACAGAGCCAGGGUUUACAAUCUCUGACCUCCUGGCACAGGGGGAGGAAUAUCGACUGUACCAACUGACAAAGUUCUACAGAGACAGACUCAAACAAGCAAUUGAAGAAAAGGUUGACAGACUCGCUUUGCUGCUGACAGAGAGGGGAUAUUUCAGUACAGAGGAAAGGGAGAAAGUCACCGAACUGACAGAGAAGGGAAAUCGGACAGAAAGCUCCAGACUCUUCCUCAGUUUGGUGAUGGGCAAAGGCUCCCGGGCCCGGAGGGCGAUGUGGGAAUCCUUUGUGACAUGGAGGACUGAGUUACCAAAGUUGGACAAAAUACUGAAGGAAAUACAGGAACUAGGUCCUGAUCGACAAGAAUACAUGAACAUUGUCCAGGGGUUAUCUGAAUUACCCAGUGAACUGAUAGAUGUUCGACAGAAACACAAGGAGACUCUGCGGGUACAAACUGAAUCACUGAGAGUGAACACGAUCCUGAUGAGGGAGAAGGUGAAGGUUUUCCAGCUGGUUGAUCGAUACGCUGAGCUCACGGUCAUUUCUACUGUUCGAGAUCGGAGACUGGUGGAACAUGAGCUGCUGGCAAGAGGCAGAGACCACGAGGAGUGGAGAGAGGAACAUCUCCGCAGAGAGCUGGAAAAAAUCCAGACUGAUCAGCUGUUCCAGAGCAGCUUUUCCCGGAGUAAAUCCAAAUCUGGGAGUUCAGCAGCAGUGGCUGGAGUCCCGGGGAUCGGAAAAACAACAAUGGUACAAAAGAUUGUUUAUGACUGGGCCAUGGGGAAAAUAUACCAACAAUUCAAUUUUGUCUUUAGUUUCAAAUUCCGGGAUUUAAACUCCAUUGACUGCAGAAUAAACCUGAGGGAACUCAUUCUGGAUCAGUAUCCCUACUUCCAGAAUAUCCUGAGAGAGGUCUGGAAGAACCCAGAGGGAUUGCUGUUUAUAUUCGAUGGUUUGGAUGAAUUCAAAUACAGAAUCGAUUUUGCUGACACAGAAGCUCAGAUCUCAUGCACUGAUCCUGAGUUCAAGUGCAAGGUGUCUGAUAUUGUGUACAGUUUAAUCCAGGGCAAGCUGCUCCCAGGGUGUUCAGUGCUGGUGACCACCCGUCCCACUGCACUACAUUUAUUGGAAAAGGCAGACAUGAGUGUCUGGGCUGAAAUCCUGGGAUUUGUUGGUGACGAACGGAAGGAAUAUUUCAUCAGGCAUUUUGAAGACAAGACGGUGGCAGAAGCUGUUUUCAAACACGUGAAGGAGAACGAGAUCCUGUACACCAUGAGCUACAACCCCUCCUACUGCUGGAUCCUCGCUCUGGCACUGGGCCCCUUCUUCACACAAAGAGUCAGGGACCCGCAGCGAGUUCCCAAGACCAUCACCCAACUGUACUCCUACUAUAUUUACAACAUCCUGAAAAACCACGGCCGUGAGAUUGAGAACCCCCGUGAUGUGUUACUCAGGGUUGGUCAGAUGGCCUUCAGAGGAGUGUUCGAGAUGAAGAUUGUGUUUACAGAUGGAGAUUUGAUCAACUACAAUCUGCAGCCUUCACAGUUCCUGUCUGGGUUCCUAAUGGAGCUUUUGGAGAGAGAGGAUUCUGCCUGGAGCGUGGUGUACACAUUCCCACACCUCACCAUCCAAGAGUUUGUAGCUGCAGUCGCACAAUUCCUGAAUCCACAUCCCGGGGAUAUCCUGAAAUUCCUCACUGAAGCCCACAACAUGACAGAUGGGCGAUUUGAGGUAUUUCUCCGUUUCGUUGCUGGUCUCUCCAACCCAAUGACAGCUCGGGGCCUGGAGGAGUUUCUGGGUCCAUUUCCUCAUCAAACAACCUGCCGGGUGAUUGACUGGGUGAAGGAGGAGGUUAAACGUCAGAGUGGAAACACAGAGAGUGAAGCUGGUAAAAGGAGCCUCCUGAACACAUUGCACUACCUGUUUGAGUCUCAGAAUCGUGGACUGGCUCAGGCCGCACUGGGAUCUGUGGAAACACUUUCAUUCUUGGGAAUGACACUGACCCCGAUUGACUGCGCGGUCCUGUCUCAUGUCAUCGGACUCUGUGAUACAAUAAAACACCUCGAUGUAGCUGUCUGCCACAUUCAGUGUGAAGGAAUCCAGCGGCUGGGACCCAGACUGCACAAGUGCCAGGAGUUGAUACUGAGUGGUAAUGAACUGGGAGAUUCGGGAGUGAAACUGGUGUCUGCGGCUCUGAGGAACCCGGAGUGUAAAGUACAGAGACUAGGGCUGUACCGUGUCGGUCUCACAGAUUCUGGUGCCGAGGAUCUCGUCUCCGCUCUCAGUACAAACCCAUCACUGACGGAGCUGAGCCUGGAAUUCAACUCGCUGACAGACCGAUCUGUCCCCGCUCUCCGCUGUCUCAUACUGAACCACCUAAGUCUGAAGUGGAUCCUGCUGGCGGGGAAUCAGUUCACUGAGACCGGGAAGAAGGAACUGAGAUCUUUGCAGGAACCCAGACCCGGACUGUCACUGUCCGUGUGAACAUCUGAAUGUGUGAACAUCCCCGCCCGCGGGAUGGGGACAUUUUGGCCCGACUCCCGCCCUUAUCUUUAAUGGCCGCGAGCCAGGGAGGGAACGACAGAAGGAUUCAGAAUGGUCACUGAGGAGGGAGUGAAAGGUUGACUGAAAAUGGUCUCUGGGAAUAAAGUGACGGUCUGAGUGACAAUGGGCCGCAGGGAGGGGGCGAUGGGCGGAAUUAAGUCACCUUGUUUCUCAUGGCCGGCAGGGAGGGAGUGAUAAACUGACAAGAGAGUGGGAGUGACAGGCAGAGUUAAAAUGACCGACAGGGUGGGAAUGACGCGGUGAUUGAAAAUUAUCACCAGGGAGGGAGUUACGUGCUGAUUAAAAAUAGGUUUCUGGAUUAAAUCCAGAAUAUAAUAUUAUCACCAGGGAGAGAGUGACGCGCCGACAUAACAUUGUCACCGGGGAGGGAGUGACCGCACAUUGAAAAUGGUCACCAGGGAGGGAGGGAUGCUCUGAGAGAAAAUGGACGCCAGGAGGGGAGUAACACACUGACAAGUUAGAGGGAGUGGCGGCCCGACCUGAAAUAGUCCCUGAUUCCUGUGUUACAAUGGCCGGCAGGGAGAGAGUGAUGGACAGAAUUCAAAUGGCCAACAGGGAGGGAGAGACGCACCGGGUAAAAUGGCCGAAACGGAGACGGUGGCACAUUGGGAAGAGAGAGGGGGCAAUGGGUCGAUGGAAAAUGAUCUAUUGGCCGCUGCUUCGCUUAAACUGUCUGACAGGACAGUUUAGGGUUAGUGAUACCCUGUUUAAAGUGAGCGCCGGGAAGGGAGGGGGUGAGACGCCGAUUGGAAACGGCCGUCACCAUCGUUAAUGUUGUUGAGAAAAAGGGGGAGAUGUGGUGAGUGAAGGAGACGCCGUUCGGUCGGGUUGAAACGGGACCAAGGAGGGAGCGACGCCUUGGUUAAAGUGAGCGGCAGAGAAGGAGUGAAGGACACGUUGACUUCAAAUGGCCGACGCUUCACUGGAAAUGUCUGCUGGGGAGGGAGUGACGGCUUUGGUAGAAGUGAGCACAAGAGAGGGAGGGACGCGCUGAUUUAAAAUGGGCGAAUCCUUGGUUAAUGUGGCCGCCAGGGAUGGAGUGAGACACUGACUUACAAUGGUCACUGUCGCACACAGAAUCUAUGGCGAAGGAACAUGCGGUGCCCGUGGAUACAAUCCCGGGAUCGAGUGUCUUAUUGAUUGUAAUAACAGUAUUUUAAUUUGUGUUUUAUAUAGUCUUGUAUAUAUGUUUUACUUCUAAUAAUUUUGUCAUUGAAUAAACUGAUGUAUACAUCUCAGAUAUU